AUGGCAGAGGAGACAGAAAAGGAUACAGAAGAGGAAACAGAAAAGGAGACAGAAAAGGAGACAGAGAAGGAGACAGAGGAGAUAGAAAAGGAGACAGAAAAGGAUACAAAAGGAAACAGAAGGAGACAAAAGGAGACAGGAGACAGAAGGAGACAAAAGGAGACAAAAGGAGACAACAGGAGACACAAGAGGAGACAGAAAAGGAGACAGAAAAGGAGACAAAAGGAGACAAAAGGAGACAGAAGAGGAGACAGAAGAGGAGACAGAAAAGGAGACAGAAGGAGACAGAAGAGGAGACAAAAGGAGAGAGGAGACUGA